AUGAGCAGACCAAUCGAGCAGGCUCUGCUCUCCUUGAUUCCCGCACAUGGCCCGGAGCUCCCGCCGUCACUGGUGGAGCUGGCCGGGUCUUUGCUGGCGCAGUCUCGGAACAGGGCGAGCACCCUGAAGGCCGACGAGGAGGUUGCCCGACACUAUGCCUGUGCCAACUUGGCCUGUGAGCGGCUGAAGAUUGCUCUUGACCUCCCACCCAUUGAGCCGCGACCACCAAUCCCUCCCCGCAUCUACAAGCGUCUCUAUACACACCUCGACAAUAUCCUCCCAAACCCCUCGGCCACGCCGCGGGCUUCACGAACACGGAAUGCCAACUCAGAACUCUCGCCGGCCACCAAGUCGCGACCGCUGCCGUCCAGAGGCACUCCAAGCAGAGAGAGCGCCCUGUCACAGUUCCGAAAGCCCGGUCCGCAAACUCCAACGAGGUCGUCGGCAUGGAGGAGAGACGCGCUCCCUCCCUCGACCCCCGGUCUGUACCCUUGGGUCCAGCCUGUCGCAAGAUUUCUGUGUGCCGAGACUGGGAACGACGAAUUUGCUCCUUCAGUGUUGGCGGGCAUCGAGUUCGUCCUUGCUCAGAGCAAUGAGGAGAUUUGGGUAUCCAAUCAUGCUGCAGACUUGGUUGCCGUUAUCUUUUUCUUCGUCGUCAUGCGUGUCCGAGCCAUCGACUCUGCCGAUCCGACCAUAGACCGCCAGGGCUAUGUCCCGCUGCGCAAGGAAAUUCUUGCACAACUGGGCCGGGCAAGAGCCGACGUCAAGGCCAACCAUGUCGGCGAAGGCGACUUUUGGCUUGGGUGGAAGACUCUCAAGUCGAGAGAGUUCGAUGCGGCAGUGGCCCACGUCAAUGACAGAGACUGGCUCACAGGUGACUGGUACAAGGGCAUCGCCGAUGUCGCCUCAGCCCGGGGAGUCGACUUCGAAAUAAUGGACCAAGAGGACCACGAUUCCGGUGUCCAGAUUCCGGCUCGUCGAGCAGACAUGAUGCUACAGGAUAAAUACGACUUAUUAAGCGAAGCCCGGAGAUCGGACUACAAGAUGUGGAAGGAAAAAAUGCUUUCAAGGAUUAACCAACCUGUCAAGGUUGGCUCCUGA